AUGCCGCCUUCUCAAGAUGAGAUCAAGGUCAUGACGCCCGACGGCGAACGCAACGUCGUCAUGGUCAAUGGCAAAGAGAUUGUCGUAAGCUCCGCCACCGAGAAGCCUAACCGCUCUUUCUGGGUUGCUUGGAUGUACAUCUUCGAUUGGUAUCCGAGUCAUUACUCUCCCGAAGAAAAACGAUUAGUACGAAAGCUCGACUGCGUCUUGCUUACUUUGUGUUGCCUUUGCUUCUACAUAAAGUGGCUGGAUCAGAACGCACUCAAUACCGCGUAUUGGUCUGGCAUGCGGGAAGAGUUGGCGAUAAAGGGCAACGAAUAUUCGCUCUUCGGGACUUUCUACAACAUCGGUUACAUGAUCUUCGAAAUACCGAGCAUGAUGAUCAUCUCACGUCCAAAGCUGGCUCGCUAUUACGUUCCGACCAUGGAAUGCGCCUGGUCUAUCCUGACUUUCACGCAGUCCCACUUGAGCAGCGUACCGCAGAUCUACGGGCUUCGCUUCCUUCUCGGUGUCCUAGAAACGCCUGCUUCGACUGGCUCGAUCUAUCUUCUCACUUCCUGGUACCGCGCUGAUGAGGUGUUCAAGCGCGCCGGUGUCUGGUAUGUUUCGAGCAAUGCUGGCGCUAUGUUUAGCGGCUAUCUACAAGCCGCUGCCCACAAGAACCUCGACGGAGUCCAUGGGAUGUCGGGAUGGCGCUGGUUGUUCAUUAUCGAUGGAUCCAUCUCUUUGCCUAUUGGUCUCGCUGGCUUCUUCCUAUACCCUGGACUUCCCACUAGUCCAAAGGUUUGGUGGCUGACAGAAGACGAGAGAAAGCUCGCCGUUGCACGCAUGCAAAGCCAGGGUACGAAGCAGAGCGGCAAGAUUGGCAAACGUAUGCUUAAACGCGUAUUCACUCACUGGCACUUCUACGUCGCGGUCUUGACAUACGUUUUCUUCCAAUGUACGAGCUACGUUGGUGGUCAGAUGCAAGCUUGGCUCAAGAAGGAAGCCGAUCUCAACGGUACCUACACCAUCGAAGAGAUCAACCUCAUCCCCACCGGAGUUCAGGGCCUGGCCAUCGAUGACAACGAAGCACGAAGUUUCACCACUGGUGCAAUGAUGACCAUCGGUUGGGCCUUCUUCUCCUUCUAUCCAAUUACAGUAUUUCCUAUCCUGGAAGCGCCGCAGUGGACUAAGGGCUAUACUGUCAACAUCGUCUUCAUCAUUUGCUACUGGAUUCUCUUUAUGGUUGGACAAUACCUCUGGCGCCGCGAGGAGAAGACUAAGAAGUUUGACAUCAACAGGCAAGAGGACGAAGAUGUUCUUAACAAACCAGAAGCAGUGCACAUCGAGGUUGCAGAUGACAAGACUAUGAAGGAAGGUAGACCUUGA